AGAUAUAUACAUACAGUAUUAGAUUAGCGGAACUGUGUCCUCAAAAGAGCUUUGGCUUCUUCUCUGGCUAGCUCCCUUUCUCUCUCUAGACUUCUGUUCAACAUUUUGUUUGUGCGUGUCUCUCUGUGUGUGAGGGAGAACUUAGAGAGAGAAUUUAGAGAGAGAGAGGAUCUUAUGGAGUACGAAAGGAUACACAAAGUUCAGACUGGUAUGAUAUCUCCGAGUAAGUUGAGGAUGAAGCUUAUAGGUCACAAUCAGAAGAAAAAAGAUGGAUCAAACUGUAAUUCUUCUAGAACAUCUCCUUCUAGGAUGGACGAUUCAGAUUUUGUCAACAACAGCUUGUUGUCUUCCCCAAAUGGAGAUUUCUGCGAUGAAGCAGCUUCGAAUACAGAAGCUCCACCGGUUAAAUCCGACAGUGCUACAUCAGAGUUAAGCCAAGUUGAUUCAAAUUCAUUACAGUCGAAGGAAAGCUUAGCAAAGGAUAACGGUGAAAAUGGCCGUUUUAGAAUGCAGCUAGUUUCGAAGGGCGAAAGCGGCAAUUCCAGUUCGGUGCACCCUGUUAGAUCAUCCGAAGACGAAAACCUCGAUUACGACAGCACGUCGAGCUUCGAGUUCCAUAAAGGGGAGAGAUCACUUCACCAUUCUCUUACUAGAUCCUUCUCGAGACCAAUGUCAUCCAAGUGGAACGAUGCAGAGAAGUGGAUCAUGAAUAAGCAAAAUAAUGCUCCUCAAUCCAAUGUUUCGAAAAAGACCAAUCUAGCUAACCAAGCCAGUCGCCCGCCAGCCGUCACGAAUGCGGUGAGAGUUGCCCCAGAAUCUACUACAACUUUGGUGAAAAGGGUCGAUUUUUGUCAGCCUAAUUCGCAGACAGGAUUAUCCAAGUUUGCUUUAAUUGAUUUAUGCCCCGAAAGUAAGGAUUUGGCUGAGGUUGACGACGAAGACUUGUCUUGCACAAAGAGCGUGACCGAAGAAACAACAGCAGGAGUUGCUGCAAUAAGAUCAGUUUCAAUGAGGGACAUGGGAACAGAAAUGACUCCAAUUCCAAGCCAAGAGCCUUCUAGAAGUGUGACACCUGUAAGUGCAACAACCCCAAUUAGAAGCCCAACUUCUUCGAUACCUUCGACCCCUCGAAGGGGGGAGCCGGCCCCCACACCGACAGAAUAUUCCAACGCCGCGCCAGCUCAGCAACACACAACAGGCGAAGCUGGGAAAAGGGAUCUGUCGGAGCAAGAAAUGAAGCUUAAAACAAGAAGGGAGAUUGUGGCACUCGGUGUGCAGCUUGGUAAGAUGAGUAUUGCAGCUUGGGCGAGUAAAGACGAAAAGGAAAAGGGUAUUUCUGGAAGUGAAGCCGUUGAUAGAGACGAACUCGAGCAGAUUGAGUAUGAUAAACGCGCGGCUGCGUGGGAAGAAGCUGAGAAAUCGAAACAUGCUGCCAGGUUUAAACGAGAAGAAAUAAGAAUUCAAGCUUGGGAGAGUCAGCAGAAAGCAAGGCUUGAAGCUGAAAUGAGGAAAAUAGAGGCACAAAUAGAGCAAAUGAGAGCGCAUGCGCAAGCGAAGAUGGUGAAGAAGAUAGCAAUGGCAAGACAAAAAUCAGAGGAAAAAAGAGCAGAGGCUGAAGCUAGUAAAAACAGGCAGGCUGAGAAAACAGCAGCACAAGCCGAGUACAUUCGACAAACGGGCCGAAUUCCUUCCUCUCCAUUUAUCUGCUGUGGUUGGUCAUAACUUAAUAUCGAAACCUCAAUUAAAAGCCAGUUAUGAUUCUCAGCAGGAUAUGCAAAUUAUUAAGGUGGUACGCUACCAUUUGGAAUAUAGAUUUAGCUUAAUCCGUGUUAAAUUGUUGCUGUUAGAGUAUCGAUUUAUAUGUCUUUGUAACUAUCGACAAUCAAAUGUUUUGCCGGGACUAGAAUUAGUGAAGUUAUACACAUGCCUUCAUUUACACCUUGUAAAGUUAGGUGUUGUGCCUGCUAAAAAAAUGUGUUCAAUGAUGAUAUCAAACUUUCUUGUU